AUGCCUUUUGUUACUGCUGAGGACCAGAAAACUGCCAUGGCCAAGGCUUCUAAGGCAUGUGCCUUUCUCAGGAGAUGUCAUUCACUAACACUGGGUUCCAUGUUGGAGGAGAUUGCUGCUCUUCUUCCUGGCCAUGAAUUUGUUUUUAUUUUGUUGUCAAACAUGGCUUAUGCAGAUGACGAUGAAUCUCUUGUUGAAGCUGAGUAUAGGAAACUUGGUAGUGGAAUUGUGUUUUAUAGCCCUCUUGGUCGUGGCUUUUUUGGUGGAAAGGGAGUUGUCGAAACUUUACCUUCUGUUAGCUCCUUGAGUGCUCAUCCUUGGUACCAAGCAGAGAACAUAGAGAAGAACAAGAGGAUAUAUAAGAGAAUAGAAAGCUUUGUAAAGAAGUAUGAGUGCACCACUCCUCAGUUGGCAUUAGCAUGGGUACUCCAACAAGGCAAUGAUAUUGUGCCUAUUCCUGUAAACUGA